AUGCUGUGCCCUGCGUAUUCGGAUUUUGGUCGAACUUGCUGUUUGUUCCUCGAGGGUUCCACGUGCAGAAUUCUGCAGGUGCGCCCGUUACAGCCUCCCGCGCGAGGUCAUACGUGGGCGACGGGAGGGGGGCCUACGACAAAUUGGAGGCCAGAAGCCGGAACGCCCUGCACAGGAUGCCGGGGCCGCGCGGCUGACCUGCAGGCUGGACUGCUCCGUCGACGGCGCUGCGCGGCCUGUCAAGCUGCACGUGGGCACUGGCGAGGAGACCCCGCGUGGAGGCACUGGCAGGCGCGGAACAUCCUGAGCAACUAUAGCGAUUCUCUGCCGUCUUACUUCUUCGAGUUCCCCCCGCAUUUGGAAGUCCACAUGCUGCUGGGCCCCGACAGCUGCGGCGUGAUCCUGGCGAUGCAGAAGCUAGGGGUGGGCCAG